GUCCACAAGAAAGAGGUGGCGCUGGCGAUGGAAACUAAGCAAAAUAUUAUUAAGAAACAAAGAAAGAAGGAAGCUAGGUGAACCAACGUUGUUAUUAGUGCACAAACACACGACAUAACUCAAACUAACUAACACUGCUUUAAAUCUUCCUUAAUUUCUCCGCCCAUACAUAAAUUCACACUCUCUCUUCAUUUCCAUCGUUCUUGGCUGAUCCAAUGGCGACCCUUUUCCAGGGAUUGGGAGUUGUGACCCCAUUGUCUUCUUCCAACUCCUUUGACUCCAACAAGUUCCUCCUUCCUUCUCGGAGAUCCCUCUCAGAGAGGAAAGAUGGCAUAUUUGUGGUCAGAUCUGAUGCAAGGGUAAGCCAGGUUAUGAAGACCGGAGCUCGUAAGCAUGAAUUGUUGAUUCCCAAUGCAGUUGCAACAAAAGGAGGCAGUUCUGUGGCUUCUACAUCAAAAUCUGGGCAUGAGCUUCUCCUUUUUGAAGCCCUACGUGAAGGUUUGGAAGAAGAAAUGGAGAGGGAUCCUUGUGUAUGCGUCAUGGGUGAAGAUGUUGGUCACUAUGGAGGAUCUUACAAGGUGACUAAAGGCCUCGCCACAAAGUUUGGGGACCUUAGAGUUUUGGACACCCCUAUUGCUGAGAACUCCUUUACGGGCAUGGGCAUUGGAGCAGCCAUGACUGGUCUGAGGCCAGUUGUUGAGGGCAUGAACAUGGGAUUUCUACUUCUGGCAUUUAACCAGAUCUCUAACAAUUGUGGCAUGCUCCAUUACACAUCUGGAGGCCAGUUUAAAAUACCAAUUGUCAUUCGUGGACCUGGUGGAGUUGGGCGGCAACUUGGAGCAGAGCACUCACAGCGAUUGGAGUCAUAUUUUCAGUCAAUCCCUGGAAUCCAGAUGGUGGCUUGCUCAACCCCUUACAAUGCCAAGGGCUUGAUGAAAGCUGCAAUCCGAAGCGAGAACCCUGUGAUUCUUUUUGAGCAUGUUUUGCUUUAUAACCUCAAGGAGAAAAUUCCAGAUGAAGAGUAUGUACUGUCACUUGAAGAAGCUGAGAUGGUUAGGCCUGGGGAGCAUGUCACAAUAUUAACCUAUUCCAGGAUGAGGUAUCAUGUCAUGCAAGCUGCUAAGACACUGGUGAACAAGGGGUAUGACCCUGAAAUAAUUGAUAUCAGGUCUUUGAAACCAUUUGAUCUUUACACAAUUGGGAAUUCAGUGAAGAAGACACACCGAGUGCUAAUUGUGGAAGAGUGCAUGCGGACAGGUGGAAUUGGUGCUAGUCUGACAGCUGCUAUUACAGAAAAUUUCCAUGACUAUUUGGAUGCUCCUAUAGUAUGUUUAUCCUCUCAGGAUGUGCCAACUCCUUAUGCUGGAACACUGGAGGAAUGGACAGUGGUUCAACCUGCUCAGAUUGUGACUGCAGUUGAGCAGCUCUGCCAGUGAUUUCAAAUAAACACAUGCAGUUAGGGUAUGGUUUUUGAUAAAGCUAUUGUGCUUGUUAAAUUAAGCUAGAAUUUUCAACAUGAUUUUCUCUUUUACUUCCUUUUAUUUCUGAAGUCCCAUAACUUUAAAUUUCUAUUUAUUUUCUGUUAACCUUUGCAAUUUUUUAAAAAGAAUAUCUAGAACUGUCAACCCAAUCCAAAUCUUUCUCAAUUUGUUCAUCUGCAUCAUUUGUGUGUGUAAGCGAUAGGCAAAGCCCUAUACCUAGGGAGAUUUUUCUAGUCACUGUUGAAGCCAGCAAGUAUCUGUUAUAGACCCUGUUUAUUUUGAAUUAGUUCGUUUGAUUGUAGUUCUCAAGGAUUUUGAAUGUUCAAUCUUACUAAUUAUUUGACUUC